AUGACAGAAUCAGUUAUUCGCAAUUUCACCCGCCAUAUUCUAAGGCGUCUAGCAUUUUUGCAUGGCCAAAAGAUUAUGCAUAGGGAUAUCAAAGGAGCAAAUCUGCUAGUUGAUGUUCAGGGUGUAGUCAAAUUGGCUGACUUUGGAAUGGCCAAGCAUUUAAGUACUGCAGCCCCUAAUCUUUCACUGAAGGGAACACCAUACUGGAUGGCCCCAGAGAUGGUUCAAGCUACACUAAUGAAAGAUGUAGGCUAUGAUCUCGCUGUUGAUAUAUGGAGUCUCGGCUGCACCAUCAUAGAGAUGUUGGAUGGAAAGCCUCCUUGGAGUGAUCUUGAAGGGGUAAUAACUUGA